GACACCGAAACACAAAUCCAGAGCCAGAGCAGUUACCGAAAUACCAACAACUCUUUCUUAAUAAUUCUCAGUUUCGAAAUCAGAGUUUAAGCAAACAUGCCGAGUGAAGGAACAGCCAACUUCAUCGAUAUCAUCAUCGCCAUCCUCUUGCCUCCUCUCGGGGUCUUCCUCAAGUUUGGCUGCCAUGUGGAGUUCUGGAUCUGUCUGUUGCUGACCAUUUUCGGUUACAUCCCUGGGAUUAUCUAUGCCAUCUAUGUCAUCACCAAGUGAAGUAGCUAGUCCUGCUUUUCUGUAGUAGUGAUAAGGAUGUGAAGUGAAGGGCACAUAUAUAUGUCUUCUGGUUUCUGCAUUCAAAGCUUGUUUUCCACCAUUGGAUUGCAUAGUUACUUGUUUGGUUUGGCCAAUGGACAGUUGAUAUUUCAUGUAGUGCGUGUGUGUCUUCUUUUUCUCUAUUCCCCCCUCCUUAUUCCCUUAUUGAGUUCAUCCAUGAUUUGUCCUUCUGUUGAAGAAGGUAGAAUAUAUAGUGAAGUAUUGAGGAGCUGAUGUAUCAAUCUUAGCUCUCCAAUUUAAUAAAAGAAAUUAAAUUUGUUCUCCCAUU